AGAAGACGAAUUGAGCAUCGUUUCUUAUAGUUAUGGAAGAAGACCUGGCUCAUAAACAACCCAAAUUCGUAUUACGUUGCCAGUCUUACUUUACCGUUUGUUGCAAGGAAAUGCUCGUUUUUUCCUCAUCAUGUCGCAUAGGCUUUUUGAUUCCUCUCAUUAACGCUAAAGCAAUGCAAGAGUGCCCGGGAAGAAGUCAUAGAUUCCAUAUUCGUUUCUUUAGAUCAAGCCGAACGCAUUCGCCGUAACCGUUUCUGUUCUCCAGAUGUCGGUAACUUUAUGCCACCCGGGUUCUUUCGGUUCCUAAAGCUAAAAGCAGUCGAUUUGGAAAAACGAUGGUAUGUUAUUUUGCUCCUGUAAUCGAACGUCGUUUCUUUAUACUCUUACUUGGCGGAAAAAAAAUCCUGUUACAAAUAACCUCUAUUUUUUCUCCGUACAUGCAUUAGAAGCAAGCAUAAGGUUGUUUGUUUGUUAACCAAUUUCAGACGUUUCAGCUUAUUUCUUUACUUUAAUUUUUUUUUUCUUUGAAAGCCCUUGUUUAUUGCUUUUUCUAUCGUCGAAUAGACGAAUUUAUUUUCUUUCUUUUGUUGGUUUACGGUUUCAUUGUUGUUUAGGUACUUGGGUUACGAUCUUUUCUUGAUUCAUUUUGAAGUUUUGGAUUUCAUUAUACUAUUUUUCUUAUCUCUUUAUUAAUUUCGGUUCGUAUUCGGUUUCGUUUCUUUGAUUUUCUUUUCUCUCGGAAGGUUCCGACAAUUGGAUCUCUAUUUUCCCUUCCUUUUUCUCUUGUUUUCAUCUCUUAAUGAAGAUAUCUUCCUUUUCUUGGGUCUUUGGUCUUGUUGGAUUAUGAAUAUCAGACUUUUUAACCGGGUAGAACUCGAUAGCUGUGUAUACAAUUCGAGCCAGGGAGAACUUCUGGCCGAUUUUCCCAAUUGCAAUUCUCUGUCAGAAAAAAGCUCACAAAAAGAGGACUCGUCUGUUGGUAGUAGGAAAAGUUCCAAACAUCAUCGUUAUCCUCAAGCUGGAGACUUGACCCUUCAACUGUUGCAAGACACUACGAUAUCAGUCCCUUUAAAGUUCAAAAUUCAUCGUCGAGAUCGUCUUAGCAGGCUAUCGAAUAAAAGACUUCUUCAUGCCAACUUAAAUCAUAUGUUAUCACCUUCUUCUCAACCAUUACACAAUGAUGAUGAUUUCGCAUUCCUCUUCUCUACUCAACCUCAAACAAGAAUUUCAGGUCCUACUUUAACAAACAACUCCAGAAAGACAUUGUUUUUCAACAAUUUUUUGCUGCAUCAUCACUGUGCCAACCCUUGUUGUGGUCGCGUUUUGACAAAUCGUAAAUCGGACUCUAAAGUUAGUCAGGCAUCCAGUCAGUCAUUGGUUUAUUAUUUAGAUUCUGUCUCUUUUGAACCUAAAAGAGACGUUCCAAACUAUCCAGUGUUCGAAGCUGCCGACAGUGAUCACCCUCUUGCUGUCUCCUGGGAGUUCAUUCAGCAAGUUCGUCAAGCUUCUUCUCUUCCUUCACCUGAAUCCUCCCAAAGCUUUUCUUCUACGUUACAAGGACGAAAAUCCUUACGUAAAAGGUCUUCGACUUUCAGCUUGUCGGAUUUAGGCUCUACAUUCAAGAAAAGGCUCCGUUCUUUUUCUGCUAGUAUUUCUGGCGUUAUGUAUCGUAAAAAUCCAGCUAUACAAGAACCUAUAGAACCGACUCUUACUCGUCCGAGUAACAGGAUGACCUUGCAAAAGCUGAACAGAGAUAACUGGUUUAUGGAGGACGGUAUCUUACAUACCUCUUCUCCAUCAGAUACACCUUUGCUUCCAUGGAAUGAAGUCCUUGUACGCAAAGAGAUGCGUCGUCCGCGAUUAAACUCGGACUUUUUCCGGGUCUAUGUAUUGGAACGACAAAUGCGUAGAGCUGGUAAACUGUCUGUACAUUCCGCUGGACGAGCUCAAUUUAUAUCUCAUCCCAAGCCCAGUAUGAUGAAUAUGUUUUCGAGUCCUCUGCAAAUUCAGCUAUGACUUUCCUAACCUGCUCUAUUAUAUCUCCAUAUUGCUGGGUCAUACCAGAAAUCUCGACAGUACUAUGUUGAUAAUUUGGUUCUUCAUUUUACCAUGUUGGAUAGUUUGAUUUAUUUUUAUUCCAUUCUUUUGUUUCAAUGAUCUAAGUUUUUGUUUUGACGUUUUGUUUUCCCGGUCCUCUAUCCGAGCUCUCACUUUGAGAUGAUUCACGUUUCAAUUCUAGAGAGCUUUUGUUUAUCAAGUUUUUGUUUGACACUUUCAAGAUUGAUUUGUCUAUUUACGGCUUUUAUUCCUUAAUUUUGGAACGUGUCAUGUUUCAUGAAUUUCCUAGUAUUUGAUUUCUUUUAAUUAUCAGACCUCUCCCGCUUUUAAUAAAUAAAUGCUGGCAAA